UGGCCCGGACGUGGCAGUACUCCUGAAUCACAGCAACCGGACCAGUGUGAAAUCAUCACACUUUGCCCCUGCCGUUGCUAAUAUCAGUGCUAUUUCCAUAGAUUCAAACAUCCACGGUCAGUUAUGGGGCUCACCAUCUCGUCAAUCUUCGGCCGGCUCUUUGGCAAAAAACAAAUGAGGAUUUUGAUGGUUGGGCUGGAUGCUGCCGGAAAAACGACUAUCUUGUACAAACUGAAGCUAGGUGAAAUUGUAACCACCAUCCCAACCAUUGGUUUCAAUGUGGAGACAGUAGAAUACAAGAAUAUCAGUUUCACUGUAUGGGAUGUGGGUGGCCAGGACAAGAUCAGACCCCUCUGGAGACAUUACUUCCAGAACACACAGGGCCUCAUCUUUGUAGUGGACAGUAAUGACAGAGAAAGAGUGGCAGAGUCUGCAGAAGAGCUUUCAAAGAUGUUGCUGGAGGACGAAUUGAAAGAUGCCGUUUUGCUGGUGUUUGCUAACAAACAGGACCUCCCCAAUGCCUUAUCAGUCAGCGAACUCACAGACAAACUUGGUCUACACGCCCUCCGCAACAAAACUUGGCACAUUGAGUCAACCUGCGCCACCCAGGGCACUGGGCUGUAUGAAGGACUUGACUGGCUAUCCAAAGAGCUUUCCAAGAACUAAUAAAGGAUUGGCUGGACAGAUGAGAGUGAGAGAGACUGAACACCACAGGACAGGAGAGAAGGCACAGACACUCAAUCCAGAAACAUUUGGUCUUCCAGCAAAAGGACAAGGCUGGUGGACAAUGUAAUCAUCUUUGGGAAAUUUUACUAUCUCAUAUUUCUUAUUUUGUUAUCAAUACUAUGACUGUUUUAUCUCUUGACAUAGUCGCUACUUUUCUCUCUUUGUUUCCAAAAUCUUACAUGGCAACAAGUUGUAUUCCAGUUGCAUGAUGAGCAAAUGGCCUAUUAGGGAAAUUUCAUGGAAACAAUGAAUAGAGUGAUGGGAGUUGUUUUUCCACUUGACACCUUCGCUCCUGUCUUGGCAGCAUUUGCAGUAAUCAACCACUUGUAUAAUUUUUGAACUUAUCGAGCCUAGGUUGGGGGGAUAUGAUAAUACAACCCUAGAGUUUUGGGGAAGGACGGCUUGUAGGCUGCCACAAGCUGUUCAGCUCUACAACCCCUCGUGGAUAUUUGACUCCCUUGCAGACCUGGCCCUUUGCUCUUCACUGCUGUGUCCUCAAUCUUAUGCCAAAUCAUUUCUCUAAAGGUCCGUAUCCCAUAGAAUGAGAAAGACGACGAUUGCAGUGAUUUCACAGAUAGAUUUGAUUAGUAUUGUGGAACCACAUGGCCUCCCAGUAAAUGGGUCCAAAAAGGAACAUUGUGCCUUCUGGUCCCUCUUAACACAAAUCUUAGUAAUCCAUUCUUUAUCUCAUUCUUAGGUCAUGCGCCCUUCUAAGAUGCUUUUGUGAGUUUUUUGCUUUUGAAAGAUAAGAUAAUGCAAUAGGACACUUCCUUUUGUGCUGCAACAUAUUCUGUGGUGCAGCAGAACCACACCAGUGCGAGUGUAGUUUGCUUUCUUACAACUUGACUUUACUAUCGACCAGGAUUUUAUCCUGUUUGAACAUUUGUGACCUUUCUUUAACAACCACCAUGGAAAAGGAUUUAAUUAAACUUUCAGUUCUUCUGUCC